AUGGGGAAGUCCUAUGGUCUGGGAUUUGUGAAGAGGCGAGCUUCGAACUACAUCAACGGACAAGCCACGCGUUUUGAUCUCUACUGCGACCGGGGACAAGCCAGACCUUCUAUCGCAACCGUCCACAAGACCACGACUUCCAAGACAGGGUGCCACUGGCGAGGCGUUGCUAAAGCCUUGAAGGAGAACAACAGGCAGUGGACUUUCGAGAUCGCCAACCAGUACCAUAACCACGACACAAGCGGAGAGAAUCCGGCAGAGCUGACCACUCACGCCGUCCAUCGGGGACUGUCAGACGCGAUGAUGAAGGACGUGGAAGCCCUGUCUCUGAAUCCCGCCCAACGUCCUAGAGAUAUCGUCUUAUUCCUUCAAAAGCGCUACCCUCACACUGUCUUCACGACCAAGGAUGUACCAAUUACCGGGAACUGCUGCAACGGGACAAUCUCGACGGACAUAACCCAACUCAAGCCCUGA